AUGUCUCGUCCAGGAGUCACCCGUACCGCAUCAACCAACCUUGGCAGUGGAAAUGGAUACAGAGUGCUAGAUGGCAAGGUUGCCAUUGUCACUGGCGCCUCUAGAGGUAUCGGUGCUGCGACAUGCGAGAACCUCGCUUCCAAGGGCUGCUCUCUGAUCAUGAACUACACCUCCGACUCGUCCGAAUCUAUCACGACACAAUUGGCCGAGCGCCUCCAGAAAGAGCAUGGAAUCAAGGCCUUGCCCGUGCAAGCCGACAUGGGCACUGAAAAUGGCCCUGCACAUCUCGUCGCCACAGCACUGAACCACUUUGCCCACCCCAAGACACGCAAGCUUCAAAUCGACAUCAUCAUCAACAAUGCUGGCGUUGCAUCCAAUCGUUCAAUUGAGGACUGCGAUGCUGACGACUUUGACUUUGUCUACCGAGUCAACGUCAGAGGCCCUCUUUUCCUCAUGAAGGCUGCUUUGCCCUACUUGCCUACUGACCGCAGUGGCCGUAUUGUCAAUGUUAGCAGUGUUAGUGCUAGCUGUGGCUUCAGCCAACAAAGUGUCUAUGGAGGCUCAAAGGCUGCCGUCGAGGCCAUGACACGCACCUGGGCUCGUGAGUUGGCCGAGAGAACUACUGUCAACGCCAUCAACCCGGGCCCCGUCAUGACUGAUAUGUGGAGCGGAGUCACAAAAGAGUUCCAAGAGGGUAUUGCACCUUGGCUCAAGAACACACCUCUCGCAGCCGUCCGCCCUGGCGUUGACAGCGACGACUUGGUCAAGGGUGCCGAGGUUGCCGGAGGCCGUCCUGCAUACGAAUCCGAAACCGCGGGAGUCAUCGCUAUGCUCUGUACCCCCGAUGCUGCGUAUACUACUGGCUCUGUCAUCAGUUGUAACGGAGGUUUCAAGUUCAGCGUAUAG